CUGUCAAAGAUAGCAUAGCUGCUAAUCUCCGGUUAGCUAGCAUAGCUGCUAAUCGCCGGGAGAGGAGGACAGGUAAACAAUGGCGGGAGUGCAUCCUCAGGACGACCUGCUGAAGAUGACUCACAGAGAGAACUGGCGGGUUCAGCAUGAGCGCAUGCACGUGAAGCACAGGGGUCACGAGGCCAUGCACGCUGAGAUGGUGCUGAUCCUCAUCGCCACGCUGGUGGUGGCGCAGAUCGUCCUGGUGCAGUGGAAGCAGCGCCACCACCGCUCCUACAAUCUGGUGACUCUGGUCCAGAUGUGGGUGGUUCCUCUUUACUUCACCAUCAAGCUGUACUGGUGGAGGUUUCUGUCCAUGUGGGGCAUGUUCUCCGUGGUCACCAGCUAUGUCAUCUUCAGAGCUACACGUAGGCCGCUAUCCUGCAGGACGCCCAG